AGGUACAAGUUCCACAACGGCAAGUGGUCAAUCGCCGGCAAGGCUGACCCGGAGAUGCCCAGACGGAUGUACAUCCACCCGGACUCCCCCUGCACGGGCGACCAGUGGACGCAGAAGGCCAUCAGCUUCCAGAAGCUGAAGCUGACCAACAACAUCGCAGACAAGAACGGUUACGUA